CCGCUAAGUGUUUGUCCAGAAUCACGCAAGGAUGCCAGGGAUGCCACCGCUUCAACUCUCGUCCGUCAAGGCACCAGAGUCUACUCGCUACCACGGCAGACCAAUGAAUGAUUCCAUUGACUGUACCUGUCAGCGGUGUGGACCGACUUGUCGCAAUCCAAUCUCGCAUGGUACCUACUUCUUGCCUCUGCAAGGGACCCACUGGUCGUGAGGGGUUGCCUGCCAUGGUAUUUAAAUCACCCCGGACGGCUUCAUUGCAGUUGCUCAGGGUCGACCUCAGAGCUGCCAAUCCGACUCCACGAUGCUUGUCCGCCAGCUUACCGUGGCUCUGGCCAUUGCGGCGUUGGCCAAUGCACUUCCGACUACUGUCAAGCAUGUUCUCCAUGAGAAGCGCGACCUAUCUUCUUCAGACUGGGUGAAGAGGGCCCGCGUCGACAGCCAUGCUGUUCUACCCAUGCGCAUUGGCCUGGCCCAGAGCAAUCUGGAGAAGGGAUACGACUACCUUAUGGAGGUCUCCCAUCCGGAUUCGGCGCGCUACGGCCAGUACUGGACAUCAGACCAAGUUCACGACAUGUUCAGUCCCUCAGAGGAAGCCGUUGAGGCAGUGAGAGAAUGGCUCGCAUCUGCUGGCAUUAAUCCCUCGCGUGUCGUUCACUCCGACAACAAGGGCUGGCUUGCCUUUGAUGCCUAUGCACACGAGGCCGAAAAUCUCCUGAAGACCAAGUUUCACGAGCACGAGAGCGCCAGCAGUGCAAGCAUUCGGGUUGGAUGCGACAGUUACCAUGUCCCUGAGCACAUCCAACACCACAUUGAUUACAUUACACCGGGCGUCAAACUCACCCCGGUAGUCAAGAAGAACAAGAAGGCGAAGCGCGCGUCGCAGCUCGCCCAUUCUUCUCAGCUGAAGGCUGUCUCCGGAGAUGAGAUUAUUUCCAGCAAAGCAAAACUGCUACCGACUGAGCUACAAGGCUGUGGAUCGAACAUGACACCCACCUGCAUUAAGGCUAUGUAUCAUAUCCCGGAUGCGACAAAGGCGACCAAGGGCAAUACUCUCGGGCUAUACGAGCAGGGCGACUACUUUGCCAAGGCUGACCUCGAUCUGUUCUACAAAAACUAUGCCCCUUGGGUUCCCCAGGGCACGUAUCCUAUCCCUGCUCUAAUUGAUGGAGCCAACUACUCUGUCCCAGCUUACAGCUCGUUGGACACCGGUGAAUCGAACAUCGAUAUUGAUAUGGCCUACGCCCUAAUUUACCCGCAGGAGGUCACCCUAUACCAGGUCGAUGACCAGUAUUACGAGCCGGUCGAGGUCUCCACGACCAAUUUGUUCAACACCUUCUUGGAUGCUCUGGAUGGCUCAUACUGCACCUACAGUGCGUACGGGGAGACGGGCAAUGAUCCAGACAUCGACCCAGUCUAUCCAGACACCCACCCUGGCGGAUACAAAGGCAAGCUGCAGUGUGGUGUCUACAAGCCGACCAACGUGAUCUCGGCAUCCUACGGACAGGCCGAGAAAGACCUUCCGGUCGCAUACACGAAGCGUCAAUGCAAUGAAUUCAUGAAGCUCGGCCUGCAAGGGCACUCGAUCCUCUUCGCCUCUGGCGACUACGGCGUGGCCUCGUUUGCUGGAGACGGUGGCAACGCGAACGGCUGCCUGGGCCCGGAGGCGAAGAUCUUCAACCCCCAGUAUCCGUCUAACUGCCCCUACGUGACCUCGGUGGGAGGCACCAUGCUCUACGCGGACCAGACCUACCAGGACAAGGAGAGCGUGAUGCACGCAAAUCUGGGCGGCACUGCCAGCAACUUCAGUUCGUCCGGGGGGUUCUCCAACUACUUCCCCCAGCCCGAAUACCAGAAGAAGGCGGUCGAGAAGUACUUUGAGCGUGCCAACCUGACCUACCCAUACUACUCGGAAUUUGAGGUCAACUUCAACACGACCAAAGGCCUUUACAACCGCAUUGGUCGUGCGUAUCCUGAUGUCUCAGCCAACGGAGCCAAUUUCCGUGCCUUCAUGGGCGAGGAGCUGUAUCAUUUCUACGGAGCGAGCUUGGCGUCGCCACUUUUUGCCUCCGUGCUCACGCUGAUCAACGAGGAGCGUCUCGCGGUCGGAAAGGGUCCUGUUGGUUUCGUCAACCCCGUCCUCUAUGCGCACCCCGAGGCGCUGAACGAUAUUACCAAUGGCACCAAUGCCGGAUGUGGUACCUACGGCUUUAGCGCUAUCCCCGGAUGGGACCCCACUACUGGACUGGGCACGCCCAAUUACCCUAAGCUGAAGAAACUGUUCCUGUCUCUUCCUUGAAGGAUGGGAAAUUAGCCCGAGACAGGAGGUGGUGGGUUUCAAUCGCGAGAAUGACAGCUUUACUUGCGCUUGGGAUGACUGGACCGCCCGU